GAUUUAAUUCCCAACAGUAAUAAUACAGAGAUAGAGCCCAGAGUCUAUAUUAAUGCCUUGCUCAGUGUGCAUAAGAUGUAUGUUAAUAUGUUUACUACUUCCAAAGAUGACGUUGGUUCUAUUAUUUCAAUAGAUAAAGUGUGCGCAAAAAUUGUCAAUUAUAAUCAUGUUACUCGUGCCUCAAGUUCUAAAUCUGCAGAAUUAUUGGCCCGGUUUUGUGAUUUUUUACUUAGAAAGUCUUCAAAGUCUCCUGAGGGAAGUGACUUUGAAGACGCUGUAGAAGGUGUUAAGACAAGGAUGUUUUUUCUAAAAUUCUAUUCACUGAUGUUAGCAAAACGUUUAGUAAAUAGAAAAUCACAAUCAGAUGAAGCAGAACAAAAUUUGAUUACUAAACUAAAGGAGGAAUGCGGUUUUAUAUAUACUUCAAAAUUACAACAAAUGUUUAAUGACAUAGGAUUAAGUAAAGAUCUUGAUGAUCAGUUCAAAAAUUACUGCUCUACGAGAAUUAAUGAGCAAGGUAUUUGCUGUAUAUUAUUAAAACCAUCAAAAACAAGCUUUACUAUACCAGAAGAACUUGAAGAAAUUUUUAAAGAUUUCAAUGCAUUUUAUAAAAGCAAGCACUCUAGCUGUAAACUUGAUUGGCUGUUCCAUCUUUCAAAAGGUGAAUUGAAAGCUAAUUAUUGUAAAAACUCUAAUACAGGUUACACUUUCCAGGUAUCUACAUAUCAAAUGCGUAUUCUUUUGCAAUAUAACAAAAAUACAUCAUAUACCUUUGAAGAAUUAAUGCAGAAAACAGAAUUAGAUUAUUAUGUCUUGACAGGCAAUUUAAAACUUCUUGUCGAAGCUAAAGUGCUCAAGCUUUCUAAUGGUUCUGAAGUUGGUGAUCCUUUAUCUUGUUAUGAAUUAUAUAUGGACUUUGAAAGCAAGAAAGUUUGUAUUCAAUUAAAUCUUCCGGUGAAAUCUGUGCAACAAAUAGAAGCAGAAAAAACUAACAAAAUUGUGGAGGAAGACAGAAAAUUAUUAAUCAAGGCCGCUAUUCAUCGUAUUAUGAAGAUUAGGAAAACUUUGAAGCAUGUUGCCUUGGUGCGCGAAGUGAUUGCACUAUUGUCGGAUCGUUUCAGACUUAAAAUAUCUGAUAUUAAAAAAUGCAUUGACGACUUGCUGGAAAAAGAGUAUAUUGAACGUGUUGAGGGUCAGAAAGAUAU